AUGCCAGCACCUACAUUCAAGUUAUCAUCUGGUUAUGAAAUGCCCAUGGUCGGUUUGGGCACAUGGCAAAGCAAGCCCGGCGAGGUAGGUAAAGCGGUCGAAGUGGCACUGAACGCCGGCUACACUCUCAUCGAUUGCGCAUGGGUUUAUGGUAACCAGGUGGAAAUUGGAGAAACCCUCAAGAAGUUGUUCUCUACUACGCAUAAGAGAGAAGAUAUCUUCAUCACGUCGAAGGUGUGGAAUACGUUCCACUCAGCACCAGCCUGUAAGAAACACGUGGUUGAAAUCCUGAAUCAACUGCAGCUGGACUAUAUUGAUUUGAUGUUGAUUCAUUGGCCACAUGGCUACGAAGAGGGUGGCGAACCCUUCCCCAAGAGAUCGGAUAGCGACAAGAUGAAGUACUCAGAUGUCGACUAUUUGACGACGUGGAAAGUACUGGAGGAUUUUGUGAAGGAGGGCAAGGUAGAACUCCAUCCUUAUUUCCAACAAAAGAAAUUACGCGAGUUUUGUAAAGAAAAACACAUCGCUGUGACUGCCGUACAGGUGGGUUCUCUAGAUAAGCGAUUUUUCAGCUCCCUCUCGAAUCCUGGUUCGGCGUUUUUCCGAAAAGCCGGCGAUCCAAAUCUGUUGACGGAGCCUGUAUUAAAGAAGAUCGCCAGUGCACAUAAUAAAAUUCGUAGCAUCGGUGUAUCUAACUUCAAUCACAAACAAAUCGAGAGGGUAAUUGCUAACAGUACAAUCAAGCCAGCUGUAUUACAGGUCGAACUUCAUCCUUACUUCCAACAAAAGAAAUUACGCGAGUUUUGUAAAGAAAAACACAUCGCUGUGACUGCCUACAGCUCCCUCUCGAAUCCUGGCUCGGCGUUUUUCCGAAAAGCCGGCGAUCCAAAUCUGUUGACGGAGCCUGUAUUAAAGAAGAUCGCCAGUGCACAUAAUAAAACACCGGCGCAGGUGGCUCUUCGUUGGGCCGUGCAGCUGGAUGUGCUGGUCAUCCCCAAGUCGACGUCCGAAGACCGCGUCAGUUUUCGGCAUUCCUCUGCGUUCUUCUGCCUGAACUGUAGCUCGCAUCAAAGAGAAUGCGCAUUGUUUGACUUCAAGCUGACGGAUGCUGAAAUGAAGGAAAUCGAAGCAUUGGAUCGCGGCUGGCGAAUUGUCAACCUUACAGCUCGCGAUGGUGAUCACCCACAUUUCCCAUUCUUAGAGGAGUUCUAA